CUAUCUUCCCUGCAAAGGAAUGAACAAAACCAGGUGAGCAAUUGAAGCACAAGGGAGUCGACAAAAUAAUUAGAAGCUCUAGAGGACCUCCAGCUUACAGAUUGCAUGCAGAGUAUGUUGGAUUAACGAGCUAGGAUUUGCCUCGAAGAACUCAACUGAGCAGGCUUUUGUUCGAUUCGCCGACCCUUCUCUGAAAAGGAAGAUCUGAAAAUUGAGCUCCGCGCCUGUUAGUAAGGAGGAAUCGGUGAAAGAGAGCACUAACAUCGACAAAGAAAGCAAGCUAAGAGAAGAGAAGAGAUAACACAGAUGACUGUGGUGCCGCCGACGGUGUGGACGAUGAUAAAGCUCGGGGGCGAUACGACAAAUUGAAGUGGAAACUACCAUUAGGAAGCAUACCUAAGAGAGAGAGAGUAAAGCAGGCCGUGGGUACCGGAGCUCAGGAGGUGAAUCGAGGGAAUGCGGUGGAGAUUGGCAGCUUCGAUUGAUUGGCCAGAGAAGAGGGGAUUUCGUCUCCGUCAAUUUUUACAGAGAUAGGGGGCAGCUUCGAUUGAUUGGGGGCAGAGAUUGAUUGGGGGAGAACGACGAACAGAGAAGUGAGAACGACGAACAGAGCCGUCAGCCGAGAGAUGCUGGAGAGUGGAGAGUUAGGGAUUUCGUCUUCGUCAAUUUUCACAGGGAUAGGGGGCAGCUUCGAUUGAUUGGGGGCAGAGAUUGAUUGGGGGAGAACGACGAACAGAGAAGUGAGAACGAUGAACAGAGCCGUCAGCCGAGAGAUGCUGGAGAGUGGAGAGUUAGGGAUUUCGUCUUCGUCAAUUUUCACAGGGAUAGGGUCAAGAUGGGUUAUUAGGGUCAGGAUGGGUCAUUUAGGGUCAGGACCCGGCCCUUACAGGGUUCUAGUGAUGACCCGGCCCUCUUUUGACCCUUCAUUCAAAUUGACCCGGCUCGACCCUAAGGGUCGGGUCGGGGGGUUUUCAGGGUCAAAGCUUCAGCCCUAAUUAGUAAGCGGGUGACUCAAUUUGAGACCAAAACCCACCCAACCCGUCUGUUGCCCACCCCUACAUAUCCCGUCCCGUGAACCAGACCAUUCGUAUUAUCCGCUAGCUGACCGAACGGUUCGGUUCGACCUCAACUGAUCGUCUGAUCCCCUCCUCCCCUGCCUCUCUCUGUUUCUGGUUUCUCCUGUCUCCCUUCUCCUUCGCCCACUAAGUUUUAUUAUUAUUCUCUCUCAUGCAAUAGCAUUAUAGCAACAACAGCAGCAACUCUCUUCCUCAACAGUCAACCCUGCUCUCCGAUCCCCUUCCUUUCUUCUCUAUCUCUUGUUCGUUAAAGAUUUUUGAUGGAGGCUCAGGUGAAGCAAGAGAUCCUGGAAACCCCCAACCGCGAGCUCGGACCGAAUCGACUUACUGCCGGAGUAACGCGGUCUCCACCAGUUGAUGUGAUCGAGCUCAGCAGCGACUCGGAAUCUGACGCAGACGAGCCUUCCGGCGGUUGCCGCCGCAAUGCCGAUGGAGGGGGAGAAGGUUCCGAAAAUAAGAGGAGGAAGUUGAACGAGUUGGGAGUCACUGAGCCGGACAACUUCUUGGCUCCACUUACCGCGGGAGCCGAUGUAGCUUCCCAGGCUUUGACCAUCGCUCGCCCAUUCGUGUCGAGGGAGAACGGGAGUGUGAUGGUGAAUGCUCAUAACUCCAAGCAGUUUUGGAAAGCCGGUGAUUACGAGGGUGAUUCCGUUGCUGGUUGGGAUGCCCCUUCUGGUGGCAUGGAUCAUGUAAGGGUUCAUCCAAAGUUCUUACAUUCCAAUGCAACCAGCCACAAAUGGUCUCUUGGAGCCUUUGCAGAACUGUUGGACAACGCAUUGGAUGAGGUCUGCAAUGGAGCAACGCUAGUGAAGAUAGACAUGCUGAAAAGUGGGAAAGAUGGGAGCAGAAUGCUACUGAUUGAGGAUGACGGUGGUGGGAUGGAUCCAGAUAAAAUGCGGAAGUGCAUGUCCUUAGGCUAUUCUGCAAAAAGCAAAGUGGACAAUGCCAUUGGCCAGUAUGGCAAUGGCUUCAAGACAAGUACCAUGAGGCUUGGUGCUGAUGUUAUUGUGUUUUCUCGGUGUCGCGGACAAAAUGGCAAGAGACCUACCCAGAGCAUUGGUUUAUUAUCAUACACUUUCUUGAAGAAUACAGGAAAAGAGGACAUAGUAGUUCCAAUGCUUGACUACGAAAGAGAAGGACAAGGGUGGAGCAGAAUUGCUCGACUUUCUGAUGUUGAUUGGACUAGGAAUGUGGAAACCAUUCUUCAGUGGUCUCCGUUCCUUAGCGAGGCAGAUCUUCUACAAGAGUUGGAUAUGCUGUCAGAUAAUGGGACACGCAUAAUAAUCUACAAUCUCUGGGAGGACGAUGAAGGAUUUUUGGAGCUUGAUUUUGAUGCUGAUCCUCAUGACAUACAACUUAGAGGGGCAAAUCGAGAUGAAAAAAAUAUACAAAUGGCGAGGGAGUUUCCCAACUCGCGCCAUUUCCUGACCUACAAGCAUUCAUUACGGAGUUAUGCUUCGAUUCUCUAUCUCAGAAUUCCUCCUGCCUUUCGGAUCAUCCUUCGUGGAAAAGAUGUUGAGCACCAUAAUAUAGUAAAUGACAUGAUGAUGUCUCAGGACGUGAUAUAUCGGCCACAGGCUUCUAUUGAUGGGACGACCAAGGAUCAUAGUAGUAUGACUGCUGCUGUUACUGUGGGAUUCGUCAAGGAUGCAAAGUAUCAUAUUGAUGUUCAGGGGUUCAAUGUCUAUCACAAGAAUCGACUUAUCAAGCCAUUUUGGAGGCUAUGGAAUGCUGCUGGAAGUGAUGGUCGUGGAGUCAUAGGUGUCCUAGAAGCCAAUUUUGUUGAACCUGCCCAUGAUAAGCAAGGCUUUGAACGCACAACUGUUCUGUCACGGCUUGAGACUCGUCUAAUACAAAUGCAAAAGAAUUACUGGUGUUCAAACUGUCACAAGAUCGGCUAUGCUCCCAGACGUAACAAGAAAGGGUUAAGUGAAGAGACAGAAACAAUUUUCUCACAUGAUCAGAGUUUGGGAAGAAAAGAACCACCAGAAAGAUCUGGUAAAGAGGUGCGAUAUGAAAAGCAAAAUGUUUCAAGGAAAGGAAACAACAAUACCACAAAGUCUCCAGUCAAAUCAAGAAAAGGAUUUGAAUCUUCUGAACCAUCAUCCCCUUCCGAGGAUGCAAAUGAAAGUAACAUGCGUAGUUCCCCUCCUCUGAAAAAAGCAACGUCCAGCGCUCCUGUCGGGAAAUCCUUACCAACAGAUGUGUUGCAUGGAAGUCGGCCAUCCCCACGUUCGGGAGAUGGAAGAACUCAUAAUGGCUCCAACCCAUCUGGGGAAUCUGUUCCAACAACCAUACGUACCCAGUCAAAGGCAGGCAUUGUUGAUCUCAGUGCUGAUGGUCAUCAUUCUGCAGUUGAUACAGAUACAAGUGAUCGGCUAAAGCAAGAGAACCAUGAACUGAAGGAAAGAUUAGAGAAGAGGGAGGCGGAACUUCGAUUGAUGAGUUUGAAAUGCCAGAAAUGCAGUGCUCUAAAGAUACAGUUUGAUCAAGCCCAGCAGAAGAUAGAAGACCUGAACAAGGAACAGGAAAGUCUAAUUGACAUAUUCUCGGAGGAGAAGGAGCGAAGAGACAAGGAAGAGGAUAAUUUGAGGAAGAAGUUGAAGGAUGCAUCCAACACCAUACAAGAAUUGCUAGAUAAAGUAAGGCUGCUGGAGAAGAUGCAAUCAACCUCUAACAAUGCAGGAAGGUAACAUUGCAAUGGCCCUGGAAGGAAGACUUUUGUACAGAUUUUGAGCCCAAGAAAAGCAAGGUCGUAGGAUAAGCCGUAGGCAACACGUCUUGGACAGGAAGUUAAUUUUGUAAAUAUUAUAUGCUGCUGAUUUACUGACUAAGAUUAGCGCAAAAAAGAAGUGGCUUCUCUGCAUUUUGAGGGCUGUAAAAAGGAGGGGCUUGCUGUGUUGGGUUGGCCUGCAGUUGUAAGAAAAACAAACGAUCAAUCCUUAGUAGGGAAGGAUGAAGGAGUUGACAGGUGCCACCAAUUUUGGUAUUGUGUACAUUUAGGAUGGUAAUAGGUCUGGUUUUGGCAAACCUAACCCCAUAGAUUUAUCAGUAAAAAAAACCCAUGGAUUUAUUAGUAAAAAAAACUCGGGGUAAAACUCAUUGGAUUUAGAAAAUUCAAACCCAACCCGUUUGGUAUCCGCGGGUUCAUGGAUAUCCAUGGAUUUUGUGAUAAAAAAUUUACAAUAACUGGUCUCUAUCAAAAUAAAAGUCAAACAUCAAUUUUCCCAUACAAAUUAUUCAUAAAUAAAACACCAGUUUAGUAAAUUCAAACAAAUCACAAUUACACUAAAUAAAAGCACACAAUUCUUUAUUUUUCGUUCAUUCCCUUUUUGUUUGUAAGAGAGCAACAAACCAACAAACAUGGUGUGUUAAACUUCAAUUAUUAAUGGGUUAUAGGUAUAAUAUGGCCCUCUACUAUGUCAAUUUAUCAAACAUGCCCAUCUACUAUUUUUUACAUCAAACAUGCCCCUGUACUUUGAAAAAAUUAUCAAACAUGCCCUUCUGUUAAAAUUUUCAUUGAAAAAUCGUCAAUCAUGGUUGAACCGAGAUUUAGACGACCCGACAUCGGCAAAUGGGAGGGAAAAUGUCAGUUUUGUCUCCUGUUUUAUUUCUUUGGGUCUCGUCAAAGUGAAAUUAUUACAAUUAUUUGGCUAUACAAAGUAACCAAAAGUUUCUAAAGUGAAAUAAUUAGGGGUAUUUUAGACAUUUAUGUCGCCCAAACCAAAGUUUGGCCGUGGUUAAUAGUUUUGGAUAAAAAAUUUAACAGAAAGACUUGUUUGAUGAUUUUUCCAAAGUAUAAGGGCAUGUUUGAUGUAAAAAUAGUAAAGUGACAUGUUUGAUAAAAUGACAUAGUAGAGGGGCAUAUUAUACCUAUAACCCAUUAUUAAUUUAUCCCUCUCAUUUCUUAUGAGUAAAAGGGAACAAUACCUUCCUAGUAAGCAUGGUCGGAUCGAGUAGGAGAGGGGUUUUGGGGGAGAGAGCAGAGGGGACUAGGGAGGCGGCAGGUGAGUCAUGAGUGUACUGAGAGUUAGAUUGAGGGAAAUUAGAAUUAGGGUAGGGUUUGGGGAGAGUAAUGCGACGAAAUAAGUGUUGGUGGGUACCCAUGGGUUGGGUAUUCCUAAACCCCAACUCAACUCGGUGAAUAGUGUAACGAGUUUAAACCCAAACCCGACUCGAAACCCGUCAACACGGAUUUUACCCGCGUUGACCAGGUUGGAUCUGGUAAGGUACCCGUGGGUUUGGGUUUUGUUGUCAUCCCUACGGAUCGUUUGGAUGCAGUAUUUUGAUGAGGUAAUUUGGUCGAAAUAACUCAGAAUGAGGUAUUUCAAUCAAAAUAACUCGUUUGGCAAAAAUAAAGUAGAAUGUGGUAUUUUGUCCAUGGGUCAAUUGAAAUAACUCAUUUGAAAUACCUACCCACCCCCUAGUUAUUUCAAAUACCUCAUCUCCCAACUUCUUUUUCCACUUCAUCCCUUCUUUAAGUGUUGAAAUAUCACAAUAUUUGAAUGUUUUAUCCAAACAAGACAAUUACACCAAUUACCACAUUUCAAUAUGAAAUACCACAUGAAAUGCCACAUAGCAAAAUAAUGCAUCAUUUGGAUUCAAAAUACCAUAGAACCAAAAUGAUGCAUCCAAACGACCAUGUGUCUCCAUUCUUGUUAUCUCUAUCUAUUAAGUGCCAUUGUGGUAUUGAUUAUAAUAUCACCAUAGGUUGCUAGGAAACUUCACUUAUGUCAUAUAUGAUUCGCCUUGUGUAUGUAUGUUUAAUUGGAUGCAAUUUUGCAUGCUUGUUCGAGAUUCAUGCUUGUUAUAUAGAUCAUCAAUACCAUAUACGGAUGUUAAGAGUUCAUAGAAACUGAAAAUAGCAACAUGCUAUAAUUACUUUUUUUUCCCCAUAGAUCGGGAAUGAAAUAGAUAUAUUACAGGACGCUAGAAAUCCAGAUGCGACAGUCGACACAAUAUUGAGCUGUCGAUGAAAGGGCAUUAGAAGCCACUAAGUGGGCAGCCCUGUUGUACAACCUCUGUGUAAAAGUACAAAUAAAGAAAUUAAAAGACUCAGACGACAAACAAAUCUCUUCCAAGAUCGCUCCACCUGUCGCAUGCGCCACAUCACGAGAUUGAAUCAGAAUUGAUGGAUGCUUGUAUGAUCAAGGGAAAACUACGUGCCCCUGCAAAAACAAACAAACACGCAAGCGCCCAUACUGGAGGACAACUAAGCUCCAUCGAAUGAACUUAAACAAGCAAUGGAGGCUUGGUCGGAAUACUGGAGGACAACUAAGCUCCAUCGAAUGAACUUAAACAAGCAAUGGAGGCUUGGUCGGAUACUCCGAAUCAAAAGCUAACAAGGUCAAAAGAAAAAUAUUUUUAUUACUUUUUUUUACAGUAAAGUUAGUGAAAAGUUUAUAUAUAUGAGCACAUACGGAAAAUAAAAUUAAAAGAUUUUAGAAUUAAAUUUAUGGAAAUAAAUAAAUAUUAAAAUUAGGGAGGAAAGAGAAAGAACAAGCGUAUCUGAUACGGAUCGCAGUUGGAACCGUUGCUCUGGAAUUGUAACCGUCAAACCCCAAAACUGAAGCCUCCUAAUGUGUAACUGCCGGCCGUCGGGAUUCACAUCGUCGGAAGCAAACUUCUGAUUGCUGGCAGGCUACCCCGAGCAAGAAGGGGAAGGAAAAAGGAACUGCCGGGUAAUCAAAGUCCGCCACCACCACCACUUCCCCUCUUCUCCAACUGCGCUCGUGAAAUCGUAUGUCUCGUCGGAGAAGAGCACCUCCAUGGAAUCCGCGAGCGGAUCUGGUAGGAAGAUCCUACCUUUCUACUCGGCGCCAGAUCCAAACCCCCAAAAGCUCCAGUUCACGAAUCCACCAUCGCCACUUGCAGGACGAGCAAAGGCAAAGCGAGCAGAGAGAAGAUGAAUCGUCCCCUGCUCUCUCCGAUGCUUUCCUUGUGCUCUCUCCUCUCCUAGAGCAAACCCAGACCCACGAGAUCCUCGUUCUAGAAAUUGCUUAUGGACAUGGAGAUGAUGUAAGUCCCUCAACCAAGGUUCAUUUUGAAAUGGACAUUCUCAGCUAUAAUUACUUGUUAUUAGUUUCUCUUGUAUGUGGUCAAAAUUCGGUUAUGAAUUAAUUAUUUGAAGGCAUAGAGCAAAAGAGAAGGCAGGGAAACAAAAAACAAAAAAACCCAAUCUUUCUCCUCUCUCGAUAUUUCUUCUCUUCUCAUUUACCCACAAAAACCCCAAUCUGUCUAUCCUCCUCUCUCCCACUUCCUCCUUUUUUUUUUCCUUCUCCCCUCUCCUGUGGCAACAUCGAGAUCUGGCUCCCAGCGAUAACCUUCCAGAAGCCAAGGAAUUGUUUGACGGAUGAAAAAUUUUCAUUAUAGAUGAACAACAAACACCUAAAUCAAAGUUUUCUAAUACUUUGAACAUUGAUUUCAUUGUACCAGUUUCCAAAUUAAAUAGGAGCAAUGCAUAAGUAAUCAAACAACGAUUUACAAUUCAUUUGACACAAGUAAAAGCGUUAAGUUUUGAUCUAAACGAAUGUAAAUAAAACAUAUCUCCUUAUCAUCACAUUGAAAACUUGGGUGUAGUAUCCGUUAAGAAAUACGAUUACUAUUCGCCGGUUUAAAUAAGAACACAUAAUUUCCAUGUAAAGAUGGGGCGCGGGUCAUUCGGGUGACCCGCAAUCCACCCAUCGCCAACCCGAUAAGUGUCCUUAGGAGAUUUAGUGAUCCAAAAUUCACUCAUAUUAAUCACUCAACCAUUGCGGUUUGGGUUAUUAGUCGGGGGAUUGGUGUCAAACUGCGGAUUAUUCACCCACGUGCCCACCCCUAUCAUUGGGGAAGAGAGCUAAGAUCCAAGGGGGAGGUCGACGGCUCAAAGAGAAGGAGGAGAGGUGGUUCGUCUAGGGGAGAUGGAAGAGAGAGAUAAUUAGAGUUUUAGAGAAAUUACCAUUCUGAUUAAGUUUAAGGAAUCAUGUCUCAAGUACAUAAUAUAUAGUCUGACAAGUUCUCUUAAACUACCCCUAUCUUUUGUUUUUUUGGUAGAAACCUCUAUCUUUUUCCUGGCACAAAAUUGCCAAACACUCCCAAAAACCCACAUAAAAAGUAAAAAAUAAUCUUGAAAUAAUAAAAACUAGUGUGGGACCCGGCCAUUUGGCCGGAGUAAGGUGAGGUAUGAAAUUUGAUAAUGUAAUGGGGUGUAUAGCUUAUUGUUAUAUAGUUUUUUUUUGGGAAAUACGUGAUAAAAAUAGUGAAUUUUAGUAGGAAAGGGACAUGAAUGAUGCAACGAAUCAAAAAUCAGCCUUAUGAACUAAAAUCAAGUACCUGUUACCUUGUGGAACAAUAUUGUUUCUGGUAAUAUGAUGAGGUGGAGUAAGUUUUAUAGAAACCGAAUUCUAGAAAAUAAAAAAUAAUGAAAAAAAGAGAUGACUACAAUUCGCCAUUUGCACAUCACUGAUUCGGGAAUAAAACUAUAGAAUUUUG